AUGAGCAGUAAGGAUUUCUUCGCGUGUGGGCGCUCUGGCCAUUGGACUCGGGGAUGCCCUAGAGGAGGAGCUGGAGGGCAAGGAGGUGGAGGCCAUGGCAGAAGUUCUCGAUGCAGUUCCACCACCCUAUCUUACACCUGUUACCGCUGCGGUGAAUUCGGUCAUCAUGCUAAGAACUGUGUCCUUCUCGGAAACAUCUGCUACAACUGUGGGAGAAGCGGCCACAUCGCCAAAGACUGUAAGGAACCUAAACGAGAGAGAGACCGACACUGUUACACCUGUGGCAGACUAGGACAUCUGGCUUGUGAUUGUGAUCGUCAGAAAGAGCAGAAAUGCUACUCUUGGGGCAAACUUGGGCACAUUCAGAAAGACUGCGCCCAGGUCAAGUGCUAUCGAUGCGGCGAAACUGGUCAUGUGGCCAUCAAUUGUAGCAAGGCGAGCCAGUUCAACUGCUACCGCUGUGGCGAAUCCGGACAUCUAGCCAGGGAAUGUCCCAGUGAGGCUACCGCUUAA